UGAAAUAAUUUAUUACCAAAGUACAUGUACUAUUGAACGUAUUGCAUGAAAAUGGUAUUGUUAUUUCUAAUAUGGUUAAUUUAUAUUACUGGCGAAGCAGUUGAAUAUUCUGAAAAAAGUGAGGGCUACGCUCAAGGAUUCUGGCCUCGCUGUCCUGGAUCGUGGAAGCCCGCCGAAAUCAAACCAGAAAAUUUGGACAGGAUAAAAAUCUCCGUACUCGGCAAUGGUUCACUGCUCCAAGCAAAAUGGACUUCCUAUACCUACAUAACGUGAAAGCUCUUGCCAAGAACCCUGAUGUGGAUUUUAGUCGGAAAACGAUAGUGUAUUGUCCUGGGUAUCUUGAUUCGACUGCGAUACCGUUAGGAAGGAUUCUAUUGCUGCUCUAUAAGAAAAUGGGAUAUAAUGCACUGAUCAUUGAAUAUGUGGAAUUUACAACCAAAUUAUUUCCUGUUGUUGUACGUCUGAUGCGUCCUGUCGGCAAGCAUGCUGCAGAAAUGCUAGCCACCCUCACAACCGUCGGUCUAGAUCCGAAGAAGUUAGAACUGGUUGGACUUAGCCUUGGCGGCGUGGCUAUGACCUUCAUUGCCAAGAAUUUUAGAGAGAUCACUGGAAGAAACAUGUCACAGAUCACCGCUCUUGAUCCUACAGGACCAUGUGUAAGACAACUUGGACCUGACGGAAGAUUGGACCCAUCUGAUGCAGAUUUUGUUCUUCAUAUAGCUACUAACACAGGAGGCUAUGGUAUAGCCACUCCAGUGGGGCAUGUAUCUGUUUUGUAAACGGUGGAGAGUACCAACCAGGUGUCAUUCUAUCGCUUCUCUGCGAUAACAUUUGCAGUCACAUGCAGUCAUUUUUUAUAUGGUACUCAGCAUUGCAGAAUCCUGGUUCUUUUAUAGCGAUGAAAUGUGAUUCUUUACAACAGGUUAGGGACCAUGAUUGUAGUAAUAGACCUUUAGUUACAAAUACUUUAGAUCUGUUUACAGAUAGGAAUAAGCCAGGUAUUUAUUAUCUGGCCACAAAUCAUAUCUAUCCGUAUUAUUUGGGGAAGAAGGGGUUGAAAAGACGAGGUGCGCCAUACUGGAGGUAUUUAAGUUUGCUUAAUGCUGUAGAUGUGAUGCGGGUUUAAUUUAAAACACAUUACACCUUUAAACAUUAUUGGGUAUCAUACUAGGUACUUAUUUUUAUCUAUCAUACAUAUAAAAACGACGAAUACGUAAUGUUAUUGUUAGGUAUGAACUACGAAUCUGAAACAAUAACAUUCAACAUAAAGACACAGAUACCUACCAUAUGGCCAUAAGUACAUAAUAUUGUAACAUGACUAUUUAUUAUUUCUUUAUUUUUUUAUAAAUGUAACUUUAUCAAAACUGUCAUAAUAAAAUAAACU